ACCGUCAUGAGCAACAAUUUUACCGGCUGCGCGUAUAAGUGCUGGAGGGCUCCAAUGGAUUUGCGUCGCGUCGAUUGUGUGCUUGUUUACUCGAGCCGUCCCCAGAAUCAACAAUGCUGGGAUUGCGAAUUCCUCUGACCCUCGCCCUCGCGGGUGCGGUUGCAUGCUCUGGAUACUAUCCAGCUGAAUCCGCGAACGACAUCCAUUUCCGCGACAAUCUACGCAAGCGAGCGGCGAAUGGAACUGCCUUCAAUGGACCCUACAAAACGAGCGGAAGGGACAUUGUCGAUGCCAAUGGAAACAAGGUGGUGUGGGCCGGUGUCAAUUGGCCGAUGAGUGGCGAGACUAUGAUUCCCGAGGGUCUUGAAUGGGCAUCUGCGGAAGACAUUGUCGACGACAUUCUCGGCGUUGGAUUCAACUACAUCCGCAUGGGAUAUGCCAUCGAGAUGAUUGACCAAGUGUACGAUCGAAACGGAACCGACGUCCCGCUCGAAGUCGCCAUGAUCAAUGCCCUUGGCUAUGUCAACGGCACAAAGGUGACCAACGAGAUCAUCGCCAAAAACCCCGGCUGGACGUCGCAGACAACUCGAUUCGAGAUCUGGAGCGACAUCGCCCGCAUUGCUGCGACCAAGGGCGUCUUCAUCAGCCCAGACGUCCACACCGGAAAGGCGAAAUGGUGCUGCUCGCACACCGACGGAAACAGCUGGUUCGACGACAUCCAGUUCCCAGCCGAAACCUGGCGCCGUGGCCUCGCAUACGUUGCCAACUGGGCAAAGGACCACGAGAACAUCGUCAGCAUGUCCCUCCGCAACGAAUUGCGCGACUCGUUCAACGACACUACUUUGAUGUACAACUGGCAGACCCUUGCAGGAAACAUGACGCAGGGUGCUGAUGCAAUCCACGAGGCAAACAAGGACAUCUUGAUCCUCUGGUCCGGCAUGCAGUACGCGCAAGAUCUAUCCGCAUUGACAACCGGCAGCAACCUCCUCACCGCCCCAUGCUACAAAUGCGCCGCUAUCCGCGAUGCGCGUCGCCGAACCCCCGAAUACUUCAACCUCGACGACCACCCCUGGGCCGACAAGGUCGUCUGGGAGAUUCACCUCUACUCCAUGAGCGAGGACCAAGACACCGGAACAUGCCCUAUCAUCGAAGCCGGACUGUACAGGAACGGCUUCAACGCCCUGGGUAUAGACCCUCCCGCAGCGUGCAACGUCACAAACGACUGCCCUAGGGCCGUCCGCGAGACACCAGUCAUCAUCUCGGAGUUCGGUGGUGCGCAGGACGAGACUAUCUUCAAUCAUACGCUUAACAACUGCCUGCGCGAUUACACGGUCAAGCAUGGCAUUAGCUGGAUGAUGUGGUCGAUUGCCGGAUCGUACAGAAUUAGAUCCGGCGUUCAGGGUAUGUCAGAUACGUGGGCUUUGACGAAUGCAAAGUGGGAUGGCUGGAAUUAUGAUAGGGGAAUUGAGGAGUUCUGGAAGCCGUGGGUGAAGGCUAUGAACAUUGGGGGGUCGAAAUAGAUGUGUAGG